ACGCCCCUCGGACCCGGGCUCCCGCCGCGCCGGUUCCGUCCCAGGUCCCGGGCUGGGAACCCGCGUCCGCGCGCUUGCUCCUUCCUCGUCCUCCUCCCGUCCGUCCGCCUGCCGGGCCCCUCCUCCUGCUCGCGCUCCCUCCCUGCUCUCCCUCCCGGCCUCCUCCUCCUCCUCCUCCUCCCUUUCUCUCUCGGUCUGUCUCUCCCGGCCCGGAAUCCAUUCCGGCCCGGAGCCGGAGCGGCGAGGCCGCCCACCGCCCGCCCGCCGCUGGCCGCCGGCCUUUCCUCCGCGUCCACCGCCGGUGCGCCCGCCGCCCGCGCCCGCCGCCCGCCGCCCAGAUGAGGACGCAGAGGCCCAGAGAGGGGAAGUGACUUGUCUACAGACACACAGCCGGGAGAGGUGGAGCAGGGUCCUUAGUCCUAGGCCCACCUGGUGUUCGUGCCAAGACCCCAGGCUGCUUCCCAGAUCCUCUGGGACAGCACUGCCUUCCACCAGCCAGGACCAUGGGCAGCAACAAGAGCAAGCCCAAGGACGCCGGCCCGCGGCGGCGCAGCCUGGAGCCCACCGAGAGCGCGCACGGCCCAGGCGGCGGCGCCUUCCCCGCCUCGCAGACGCCCAGCAAGCCGGCCUCGGCCGAUGGCCACCGCGGGCCGGCCGCCGCCUUCGCCCCGGCCGCCGCCGAGCCCAAGCUCUUCGGGGGCUUCAACUCCUCGGACACCGUCACCUCCCCGCAGCGCGCGGGGCCGCUGGCCGGUGGAGUGACCACCUUUGUGGCCCUCUAUGACUACGAGUCCCGGACAGAGACCGAUCUAUCCUUCAAGAAAGGGGAGCGGCUCCAGAUUGUCAAUAACACGAGGAAGGUGGACGUCAGCCAGACCUGGUUCACAUUCAGAUGGCUGCAAAGAGAGGGAGACUGGUGGCUGGCACACUCGCUCAGCACGGGCCAGACAGGCUACAUCCCCAGCAACUAUGUGGCGCCCUCCGACUCUAUCCAGGCUGAGGAGUGGUACUUCGGCAAGAUCACCAGGCGGGAGUCAGAGCGCUUGCUGCUCAACGCGGAGAACCCGAGAGGGACCUUCCUGGUGCGAGAAAGUGAGACCACAAAAGGUGCCUACUGCCUCUCUGUGUCCGACUUUGACAAUGCCAAGGGCCUCAAUGUGAAGCACUACAAAAUCCGCAAGUUGGACAGUGGCGGCUUCUACAUCACUUCACGCACCCAGUUCAACAGCCUGCAGCAGCUUGUCGCCUAUUACUCCAAACAUGCUGACGGCCUGUGUCAUCGCCUCACCACCGUGUGCCCCACGUCCAAGCCCCAGACCCAGGGCCUGGCCAAGGAUGCCUGGGAGAUCCCCCGGGAGUCCUUGCGGCUGGAGGUGAAGCUGGGCCAGGGCUGCUUCGGGGAGGUGUGGAUGGGAACCUGGAACGGCACCACCAGGGUGGCCAUCAAGACCCUGAAGCCGGGCACCAUGUCUCCAGAGGCCUUCCUGCAGGAGGCCCAGGUCAUGAAGAAACUGAGGCACGAGAAGCUGGUGCAGCUGUAUGCCGUGGUGUCUGAGGAGCCCAUCUACAUUGUCACGGAGUACAUGAGCAAGGGGAGUUUGCUGGACUUUCUCAAGGGGGAAACGGGCAAGUACCUGCGGCUGCCUCAGCUGGUGGACAUGGCUGCUCAGAUUGCCUCGGGCAUGGCGUAUGUGGAGCGGAUGAACUACGUCCACCGGGACCUGCGUGCCGCCAACAUCCUGGUCGGGGAGAACCUGGUGUGCAAAGUGGCUGACUUCGGGCUGGCCCGGCUCAUCGAAGACAAUGAGUACACGGCCCGGCAAGGUGCCAAGUUCCCCAUCAAGUGGACGGCCCCGGAAGCUGCCCUCUACGGCCGCUUCACCAUCAAGUCCGAUGUGUGGUCCUUUGGCAUCCUGCUGACUGAGCUCACGACGAAGGGCCGGGUGCCCUACCCUGGGAUGGUGAACCGAGAGGUGCUGGACCAGGUGGAGCGGGGCUACCGCAUGCCCUGCCCACCCGAGUGCCCCGAGUCCCUGCACGACCUCAUGUGCCAGUGCUGGCGGAAGGAGCCAGAGGAGCGGCCCACCUUUGAGUACCUACAGGCCUUCCUGGAAGACUACUUCACGUCCACCGAGCCGCAGUACCAGCCCGGGGAGAACCUAUAGGGCAGGCUGCCCUGCCUGGCUGGGUCCUGGGUGGUCCUCCUGCCGCUGUCGACCCUCUCCUGGGGAUGAAUUGCCAGGGAUGAGACCUUUCUGUCUUUGGGCACACGGAAGGGCUUCGGGUCCGUGGGUCUGCGGCCAGCACAGGGACUGUCCGGCGCUGCUGUGGCCACACACCUCUUCGUUCCUCCGGAGCUCUGCCUGUCACCAGAGAGGACCUGGGAAAGGGGCCAGAUGCCCUUUCUCGCCUCCACCUGCUGCCUGUGCCUGACCGCUCCUUUGGACGCCCUGGGUCCGUCUUGUGAGCUGGCCAAAGAGCCUUUCCAAAGAGGAGUGAUGGGCCUGGGCCUCAGCGGCAGCUCUGCCCUGCUGUCCUUUGUGGGCACGUCUGUGGGCGGAGGCUGCAGGGUCCAGACCCCUCCGUCGGGGAGCACACAGCCCAGCACGGCUCAGUGGUGGCAGAUGGGAUGAGGACCCCCUCCAGCUCUGCCCUCCUUCCACCCUGGGGACUCUGGGAGAUCAUCCAUUCCUUUCUCCCUUUUUCCCAUGGGGAAACUGAGUCCAGACAGGGGAUGCAACUUGCCCAAGGCCACAGAGCAGGUCAGGGUUGAGGUGGUGGGCUUGGUACUGGUGCUCAGUCUGUCUUCCUCAGGAACCAACGAGAAUUGUCUUCAGAGGCAUCUCAGAUGGGGGCAGCCCAGAGGACAAGGGACCUCAAGGUUAAAGAUAGCAGAGUUGCACUGUCCUUGUGCGCUUGGCUCAGCAGCCUGUUGGCCAGGAAGAGAGUGGGCUGCUGUGAGACUGAGCUGGAAGGCGGUGGAGGUGAAGGUGGGGAGAGCAGGCUCCAGGCAGAGUGGGUGGCUUUGCCUCUAGAGUCAGCCAGCCAUGAGAGGCAGUAAGCACCCAGGCUCCGGAGGCAAUCAAGUAGAGGUCAAAGAGCUAGGCUGGGUGGCCCUGGCCCUAGGCUCAGGAGGGAACCGCAGGUCCUCCAACCCCUAGCUUGUCCUGAGCAUUUCAAAAGUGGCCUCUGUUCUCCUCCCCGAAUGGGAACCCCAGAAUCAUGAGUAGGGAGAGGGGUGCCCUGGCUGGGGUCAGAGAGGGCAAGGGUGCCCUCUGGCACACACUGUUGCGUGACUUCCGGGCCCUGUUUUGUCUGUGAGUUGUGACUUCUGCCCCGUAUGUGUCCAUGGCCUCUGUAGCUGCUCAGCCCCUGUGGCAGGAACCCAUGGCAAGCACAGCCCUCGACAGUAGCAGGCUGGGAGACUGGGUCCUGGCUCUGCUGUUCAGCCUUAGGGUAUGUGGUGGUGUCCUCCUGGGCCUCAGUGUGGCCAUCUGUAAAACGGGCAGCUGACAGUGGCAUCCUGCCAAGAGCCCAUCUGUGUGUGUAUGUGUGUGUGUUUGUGUGUGUAUGAGUACAUCUGUGUGUGUCUCCAUGUGUGUCCAUAUUUAACAUGUAAAACCUGCCCCAGCCCUGUUCCCCACACGUGUUGUACAUUUCACCACUGCCCCCAUCACAGCAAUAACAUCCCCCUUGCCAGGGGCCCUUGAACCAGCCUGGGUUUGGCACUGGGGAAGGAGGCCAAGUGGUGCCUGCCAGUGGGUCCCCACAUUCCCCGCCCUUUGUGCUCAUCACUCACGUCUUCUCCUGCCACCUGGGUCAGAUCUGGGUUUACUUCCCUACGUGCCCUCAAACCCCUCCAACUGCCCUGGGCCCUUUGUGUAAGGUGUCCUAGUACUGUCCUAUUUUUUUUUAAAACAGUGUUUUGUAGAUUUCAGAUGACUAUGCAGAGGCCUGGGGGACCCCUGGCUCUGGGCAGGGCUUGGGGGUCCUACAUUCCUUGGCCUAGGCUUAAGGGGGAUGGGGGGGUCAGAAAUUGGUUGUAAAUACUUUGCAUAUUGUCUGAUUAAACACAAACAGACCUCAA